UCCCAAGAUGGCGAUACACCUGUUUCUUCCGUGGUGAUCCUUGUUGUUGUCUGCGCAACGUAAGAAAACAAAGCAUCAGGAACCGACUGUUAAAAAACCAAAGACGCUGACAAACAAUUGCAUUGAAGUCCUUUAGCUAAAAUGUCAACAGAGGAGCUGUCAGCCUCGGACAGUGAGGCUGUGUUAGCCGGAGCAGGGGAGCGCUGGGCACCGGUCGGCGCAGUGGCCAGCCCCGAGGAUGAGAAGUGGAGCGCUGGUCAGCCAAAGCACAUAGGCUCGUCCCCGGCCACCGAGGGGGAAAUGGCCGGUAGGCUGGAGAAGCUGGAAGAAGAGCAGGACUUGCUUAACUCCUCUCUCCUCGCCCUUACCUCACACUUUGCCCAGGUUCAGUUCCGAUUGAAGCAGAUCGUUCACGCCCAGAGCGACGAGAAGGAGAAGAUGCUGGUGGAGCUGGAGGAGUUCGCCUUCAGGGGCUGCCCGCAUGUGGUGGGCUGCAGGGCGCAGGAUGCCCAACAGCUGGAAAACUCGAAUGAGAGGGAGAAAAGGGAGCGCCUGGAGGCUCAGAGGGAAAAACAGAAGGAUCUCAUUUUCCAACUGAAGACACAGCUAGAUGAUCUGGAGCGUUUUGCCUAUCAGGAGGGCAGCUACGACUCGCUGCCGCAGUCUGUCGUCAUGGAGAGACAGAAGGUUAUCAUUGACGAGUUGAUCAAAAAGCUGGAUGUGAAUCUGAAUGAGGACAUCGGGAACUUGUCCCCCGAGGAGCUGAGACAGAGAGUGGAUUCUGCCAUUGCUCAGAUAGUGAACCCAGCCAGGGUCAAAGAGCAGCUGGUGGAUCAGCUCAAAACCCAGAUCAGAGACCUGGAGAUGUUCAUCAACUUCAUCCAGGACGAGGUGGGGAAUCCUCUCUUACCAGAUGGUGCACACAGCCAGCAGCCACAAGCAGCAGGAACCAAUACCAAAACUCCAGGAGUGAGGAAGAAAGUGGAUCCAGAGCAGGCCCAGAAGAUGCGAGAGACCGGCCUGCAUUUGAUCCAGAAGGCCCUCGCCGUUCUGCAGAUCUUCGCGGCGAGCCAGUUUGGCUGCGCGCCCAGCCACGUCCCUCAGAACAUUUGGCCUCAGGAGUCGGCGCUGCAGGGCUAUGGGCCCCUGCUGCAGCGUCUGGAGGUAGCUGUCGACAAAGUGCGGGUGCUGGGCUCGUGUAGACAGCCCUCCCUUGAACAUGUCGUUAACUAUACCAGCAACUCGGCGCUGGGACCUCGAGAUGAGCUGACGUCGUCGGUGAGGAAGGAGCUGGCGAUUGCUCUAAAAGACUUGUUGGCUCACGGUCUCUUCUCCCCCUCCCAGACGAUGAGCCUGGUGCUGGCUCCCAUCUCCUGCCUGCUGCCUUACUCAACAGCCGCACAGAACAUGCACCCCUGGGAACUCUUUGUUAAAUACUACCACUCCAAAAAUGGGAAGGCUUUUGUGGAGACGCCAGCCCGACAGCUUUCACAAUCCUUCAGCCUGCCUGUGGGGGGCGGCCCGGUGACUAUCACCCCUAAACAAUCUCUUCUGUGGGCCGUCCACACUGUGCUGAAGGAGCACGGACGCUACAAAAGGGGACCAGACACAGAGUUCAAAGCGCUGGUGUGCAUGGCUCUGAACGAGCAGCGCCUGGUGUCGUGGCUCAACUUGCUGUGCAAGUCUGGCACUCUUGUACACCCGCACUACCAGUCCUGGAGCUACAUGGCCCAGACUGGCUUUGAAGGUGCCCUGCGCAUCCUGGGCCGCAUCAGCCACCUCAAAUUCAACCUCCCAGUGGACCUGGCUGUGCGGCAGCUGAAGAAUAUUAAGGAUGCUUUCUGAGGAGACAUCCAUAAAUAAUAGUCUGAGAUAUCAAGUAUUUUAUCAACCAAACUACACUGCUCUUACUUCAGGACUAAAUGCAUAUAACCUUUUUAAAGGUUAUUUUAGUAGCUACCCAUCUUAAGUAAGUGCAAGUAUGUGGUGUCUUCAGUACAUGCAUGGAUGAUUCUGUUGUGUGAGCUUAAGCCAACCAUAAUCAGCAUAUCCCACCAUGUUAAAAAUGCCAACAUGUAAAGAUGGCAAUGCUACUUGUACUGUAAACAUGCCUUAGAACGGAGAUUGAGAAUUCCUCGUGUGUAGAGAAAAGCCUUUCUGACCUUUGUGACCUGUGCUCAUCUUGCCGUCAUCAUUCUCCCGUGUACAUGAUACUGUCCUCACUUAUGCAUCAACUACAGAGGUUGGAUACAUACAUACAUACGUACAUACGUAUGUACAUACAUACGUACAUACAUAUGUACAUAUAUACGUACAUAUAUAUAUGUAUCUAAAUGAAUCAAUACUCCAAUGUGUAAUGAUGAAGAAAAAUAAUGAGCAAAAACCCAAUACUGUGGCUUUUACACAGUAACAUGAGAUUUUUUAGAUGUAAAGUGGUCCCUGUGUUCCCAGUGAACUCAACUCAACUUUAUGAAUAUAGCACCUUUUUAACAAAAAACCAAUAGUGCUUCAAAGCGCAAGGUUAUAUCACCAGACAUAAACAAUCAAGAGAUACUUUUUUCUUUUUUAAAGAACAAGAAAAACUAAAUGCCCCAAAAAGUCAACUCCAAAAUCAAAACCAGAAAUUUAAACAAACGAUUAAUCCUUAAAGAUAUGGUUAUUUAAUUAUUUCAAAUCCAAGUUUAAAAAAAAAAAAAAAAGGUAUAAGAUUUCUUUAUAAAACUUCAGAGGGAGCUUAACAUUCCAAUAUCUAUAAGCAGUGAGUUCCACACGUUAGUGGCAUACAAACAGAACGUUUUUUAUAGAACACAUGAGUAACAUUUUAAAGUAAAGCAUUGGACAAUGUUAGUAAUCUGGCUAGCUUAAAUGAAUGAAAAUCUGAUCCAGGACAAGGCUCCAUAAACAAGUGACUGAAAUUACACAUAAUAAGUAAAUUAAAAGUACAGUGACUUCUGUUAUGGCAUUUCUUAUUUGGGUGGUAAAUCAUGUGUAGCAGAUGGUUGAUCCUAAAGCACUCAGGUCAACUUCAAAAAAUGUCUCCAUCCAACUUGAAGUUAAUGUGUUGUGUAACAUUGUCUUCGAACAUGCAGCUAUCAAUGACUACAUUUUAAACCUCCAAAGCUGUUGUCACUUAUUGCACUUGUGUUGCAGGUGAGUUAGACCCUGUAUGAACUGCUGCUUUUCUCUUAUUCCAGGUUUAGUUGUGUUUUAAAUUGAAUGACAGUGAUAUUGAAUGAUGCGAUGGCUUAUGUCACAUACAUAACAUAAUUGAAGGAAAUUAAUUGUUUAAUCUUGUUUCCUGUUUUGAAGAGACAUUUCUUCUUUCUUCCCGAGACAGCUGAGUUGCACAAAUCAUAUCCUUGAAUACUGAAUGUACAAACCAUAGAUGUUACUGAACUGAUGUUUAGUUAAAUUCUUAUGUAUUUUUCCCUGCUGUGUAUGGGAUUGAAACUGAAGUGAUCAUGGGCCAACAUGUAUGUGUCAAACAUCUGAGAGUAUGCGAGUUGAUAAAAUAUAACUUUAUUUGUCUUUCCCAGGAAACAAACCUGUGCACUUUGUAACUUGAGUUCCCCUGGAGACACAUUUUUAGCAUUUAUUUUAUGUUACUUUUAUGAAACUUUGUGUUCAGUUUGAGCUAUGUGGACUAAAUGUAAUGCUAUAUUUAACUUUCUAUUUUCCUUAUUUUUUGUUGUGUUUUGUUAAGGUGUGAUGUUGUGAUUAAUGUGAAGAGACAUUUAUUUAUUGCAUAGCAUGUUUUAACUCACAUUUGAAGUAGACGACAUAUCAGAACAUGUCGUAGACGCAUUGAAUCAUUUAAAUUGUGCUAUUUAUGUUGUUUUUAUUUAAUUGCUUUAGUAAAAAAAUAUAUAUAAGGAAGUAUGGAAGUUGUUUAUUUUGUGUGAUUUAUCAUGUUUAUAUGCAUACCUACAGCUGUAUACAAAUUAAACUUAGUAAAUGAAA